CAUAACAUUGUCAUAUGCAGCCUUAAUGUAAAAACCACAACCGAUAGAAGUAAAACCGUAACACUUCGUAGAAACUAUCGCAAGGUUGAUUGGAAUAACUUCCACAAUUACCUAAGAAGCACUGAUUGGAGAACUUUCUUUACCUCAAACAAUACCGACACAUUAACCAAUAUAUUUUAUCACAACAUCAAAAGUAUCAUCAACAACACCGCACCUUUAGAAUACUGUAAACCUACGUUCUCCAAAGAUCUCUAUAUACCGGUCAGUACAAGAAGACGUCUUCAAAGACAUUGUACUCGAUUCCACAACUUAAAUGACUUUUCCCCUUUAGUAACGAUGACAGAAAUACUUGUCCGAACAGAGGCAAUAAGUAAACAAAAAGCAGUAGAACAGGAAAAACGUGCAGUUGAACUUAAUAAUAACUCCUCUGCACUCACCAUACUACUCCAAAAUAAACUUAAACGCUCUAAAUCGAGAGGGAGUAUACUCAUUAAAGGCAAACAAAUAUACGAAGAUCCCAAACUUAUCACAGAAUUAUUUAGUGAACAUUUUUGUUUCUCACUAACUAACGAAAAACCAUUUAAUGAGUCAGAACCAAUCCCAGUAACUCCCUGUGAAAUUACUAAUGUAGAAUUCAGUGUACAAAAUAUCUCCAAAGCAAUCAGUACAUUGAAACACUCCUACACUGAUGGACCAGAUGGUAUUCCAUCUAGCAUGCUAAAACGCGGAGGUGAUGAUAUGUGUGUUUUGCUUCUCAAACUAUUCGCGAUAUCACUCUCUUCAGCGUGUUACCCUACUGCCUGGAAAACUACACAUAUCAUUCCCAAAAUUAAAACAGGACCUGAAGCAAACGUUGAAAAUUACCGGCCUAUAAACAUAACUUCAGUGGUAUCCAGAGUGAUGGAAAAAGUAGUUAAGGCGGCUGUAGUCCAACAUCUAUUAACUAACAAUCUCUUGUCGACCUCCCAGCAUGGAUUUCUUAGGUCCAGAUCAUGCGAUACAUGCCUAGUAGACUACCUGAAUGAUAUAACUCUGAAACGAGACAGCGGACUCCUUGUAUCAGUCCUAUUCCUAGACUUUAAGAAAGCCUUUGAUAAGGUCCCACACAAAAGGCUACUCGUCAAACUAAAGUCCUUCGGAAUACACAACCCACUGUACUCAUGGUUUGCUUCGUUCUUAACAGAACGUAAACAGAUGGUAAAGUACAAUGACUGUCUCUCGUCCCCUAGACCAAUCACCAGUGGAGUCAUCCAGGGAAGCGUAUUAGGGCCACUUUUGUUUCUUAUGUAUAUAAACGAUAUAUGUAACACCAUAGAAUUUGGGAAACCGUACUUAUAUGCUGAUGAUCUCAAAAUAGUAUACAGCUAUAAGCCUGAGACACUAAGCGAAAGUGUAUCCCAGAUCCAAAAGGACCUCAAUAACUUAACUAUAUGGAGUGAAAAAUGGCAAUUACCAUUUAACCUCAACAAGUGCGGGAUCAUGCACUUUGGAAAGCAUCCCUAUAAACCGCGACUUCACUUAAAUGAAUGUAUAGUCCAAACACUCGAAUCAGUACACGAUUUAGGAAUUAAUUACACAGGAAGCCUAAACUUUGAAGAACAUGCCUCUUCUAUUAUUUCUAAAUCUAGACGGCUAAUUGGUUUUAUAAUGAAAAACUUUUUCACAACAGAGGGUAAACUUACUCUCUACAAAAUAUGUGUACGACCCACCCUUGAAUACUGCUCUUUUGUCUUCUUUAAUAUGAAUAUCGCAGACAAGAUAAGAGUAGAAGAUGUUCAAAGACGUUUCACACGUCAACUACUAGGAUGUAACUCGAAUCUCGAUUACACAGACAGAUGUAAGCAUCUAUCUUUAGAACCUUUAUGGCACCGUAGGCUAAAACACAAUUUAAUAUUUCUCUACAAAGCGAUAUAUGGGCUCUCCUUUUUAACCUCCUGCCCGACUAUCACCCACGACCCACCCUAUAGACUUAGAAACAACGCAUAUACACUACUUACCGUAAAACACCAAAAACAAAUGCGUUGUAAGUUCUUUACAGUACGGUACAGUUUAUUGUGGAACAGGCUGGCAAUGCCUAUCCGUAACUGUGAUACGUUUACCAGAUUCAAAAAGCUAAUAACCCUAUUUCUAGACUCCAAAGAGCUUCAACAUUACCUUGAACUCCCGCCCACCGAUGAGGCACUUUAUUACGGACCGCCUAGUAUCUAGAAAGAACAGAAUUAUAACAAGUUCGACUGUUACUAAUCUAAAUAUAACCAAAUCACAGGAUAUAUGGCUUAUCCUUUCCUAUUAUUCAUUGUUUAUUAAUCAUGAUUUCAUGCUCCUAACCCUAGCUUUCAGUCCCCAAAUCUCUACAGGUUAAAUGUGCAUUAUUCUUCCUAAAAGUCAUGCUUUUUUUUCUACUGCAAGUAGACAGAUAGCUCAAUCUUAUGGAUGCUGAUCUACUAAGGCCGAUCAUUCAAAGCUCAAAAUUUGGCCACAAAGUCUUGUGAGUUUCUCAAUGUUUUAUUUUUCUCACCCUAAAGUCUUUUUCUUUUUUUUCUACAAUUUUAUACCCUCUCAUAUCUUUUGAUUUACUAUUAAUCCUUACUUCUUUAAACCAUUAGUUAUUUUCAUAGCAGUGUGAUAUACUAUAUGGACAUCUAACCCAUAAAGCAGAAUUUUUAAAUAUCUGAUUUGCUUGUAACAUGGACCUAGUAGAGACAGUGUACUCCAACUAUGUGCUUUGAUUAAAGCAUUAAUCAUACUUACCACAAACGUAAGAGAGCCUAACAUCACAAAAGGAGGGAGGGUGGCGUUACUGACCAGCAAACAUGAAGGUGGGGAGAUAACUUCAAUCCACCCAUGUCUGUAGGGCAGAACAUUUUGUUUAAUUACGGCUCCUUAUGGUUUAGUGGGAUGUCACGGACUUAAGGUAUUGAAGCUGAUCUAUCACGCAAAAUACCUCUUUAAAUCGUGUUACGAACGUUGAAUUGGUUUCACUUCCUACUCAGAAAUCCUAUUACAAGCAAACUAGACAAUUCGCUAAUAUACGAAGCCUACUCAAGACCCUAUAAAACCUGAAAAAAAAAGAAAUAAAAAAAACGAAAGGGGCUCUAAUAGCUUCGAUAAUAAAAGGAAGAUAGCCAGUUGUAUAUCACAAUACUGUUUCUAGCACUAUAUUUUAUUUUAUAAUCACACAUAAUCUUAUACUCUCAGCUCUUUUCCGAAUCCCCUCCAUUUGUCAGUUGUAUGUCCACUCACACCUUGCUAAAGCUUAUUUUCUUUAACCUAUUAAAAUGCUCUUUCUUAACAAAUAUCUUAAUAAAAGAAAAUUAGACUGAGUAAUCAUACCUUAAACAUUCCUACAUGAAUAUUGGCUACUCUGCCUCUCGUGUUUUCUUUUACUUGCUCCCUCUUUCAGCCCCCUUGAGAUAUGGAACAGGUUACUUCAUCCUGCACCAUCCUUAAAGCCUUCGAUAUCCCAAAGGGACAUAAGGUUGCGAUUUCUAGAAGCUCAUACCUUUGAUGGGCCUAUUCUUGACCAUCAGUCGCACAUUCGCAACGCAACUCUCGUGAAGCGCGCCAACUAUAGUACUGAUUAAAACUACCUACAUACAUGUCUUAUAAAUUUUCAACCCAGCUAUGUAAUUUAAUACAGUGUAUAUUGUAUCAUUUGUAUCAAUUUGAUCUUGCCUGUAAACUGGCAUGCCUCAUGUAACAAACUGUUAUUUGAGAAUAAAUUAUUAUUAUUAUUAUUA